AUUCCGUGACGGUAGACAGACAGACAGACGGACAGGCAGACAGACGGAAAAGGGAGACCUAUUUCUUCGUACUCUAGGGGUCAUGAAAGGUCGAGAAAAUGUAAAAGUAGAGACUCGACUACAACGCAUCUCUAAGAUAUAAUUCUCGGAAUUUGAGGAAAAUUAAAAAGUAACGAAAUUGUGCGAUAAACCAAAUAUUUCAUAUUUUUAUCGUUAUCAUCUGCACACUCGACAGGGGAAUACCCCACCUAAAAAUUUAGAUUUCUGGGAAACCUUUGACGUACUUUGUUGCUUUAUCUAAAUUAAAUAAUCGAAAUCCACUAUUUUCGAUUAGCGUUCCAAGUGUGCAUAACAUUGCGAAAAAAUGGAUUUCGUCGCUGUACAAACCGACGACUGGAUCGAAAAACUAAAAUGUGCGAGCUGCGGAAACUACCUGUCGUACUUUCCAAUCCACACCACCUUCAGCAACAAAAACAUCUGCGGAAGAUGCCGCACUCCCCCAGAAAACACCAUCAGAAACGAGAUCUACGAGCUGGUCUCCCAGCAGAUAAGAUUUCCGUGCCGUUACAUGAGCGAAGGCUGCUUUACUAAAUUGUCUCCUGAAGGCACCCCACACCACGAAAAUCAGUGCACUUUCAAAGACCUCAAGUGCCCCACCCACGAUUUCACCAGUUGUAAAGCCAAGGUAUCUUAUUGGGACUUCAUAACGCACUGCCAACUUAAACAUGGCGACUUGUUUCUGAAGAACGGCCAAUUCGAAAUUUACCUGACGUGGUCCCAGAACUCCUACCACCUUCUAGAACACAACAACCAACUUUUUAUCGUCAGGAAGAAGUUUCGAGUGGAGGAUAGUCUUUUCCACAUUUCUGUAACACUUUCCGAACGUAGCGAUCAUGCAGUGUGGCCGUACAAAGUGCGUUUGUCGUGUGGUACCGCUGAGAUGGCGGUUAAAGGUAACACUAAAGUGGGUGUUGAGAAGAUUUUUUUGAAUUCGUUGAUCAGCCAGAAGGGGAAGGCGUCGAAGAUUACCGGGAGGGUGUUUUUGAUGAGGAAGGCCAGUGGUCCCGAGGCGGUAAAGGACGAGAGGAAUGUGUUUCUGGCAAGGGGAUUUCCAAGCACCAGCUCGAGGGUAGGUGAAGGGUCGAUGAGUUCGAGAAGUCCGGAGCGUGGAAACCUGGGGAAAAUGGCCAUGGAGAGGAACAAGUACCGCUCGCUGUUUUACGAUCGCAAUCAAAAAUAAUAAAAGUUUGAAUUGUCCAGUAGACAA